UGUUUGGUUAUCAUGCCCCGCUAACUCUAAUAAAAAACAUGUAAUCGUAUUUAUUUUCCUUCCGUUUAGUCAGAGGCGCUGAUGUCGGCAUUGUGAUUGGUGGAACAUGACUUUUGACAAAUCCUGCGCUAUCUGUGAAUCUGUAAUCUGUGUUCGUGUUCGUUCGUUCAUUGUCGUUCACUUAUUUUAUAUGGUCGGUUAUGUGAUGUGUUUUUGGUAUUUGUGUUUAGUUUGUGUCACCAUAAGAAGCUGAUAUUCAGUCGUGUUUUUUGAUAUUUUUGUUAUUUCAUAAUCGAGUACCUUUUUAAAGGUAAGCUUUUUUGAUUGUAGGUACUGUUUAUCCAACAGUUUUAAAAUACACAUUUUAUUUCGCGUUUUGUUGUUGGGUCUAAUGGCCGAUCAGCUGUUGUGUGCAGCCGAUAAAUUCAACAAGUAAACAUAUAUUUAAUCGAAAUUAAAUACUCAUAUUUCUAUGUAAAAUGUCACAUUAUUGUAUAAAUAAAUAAUUAAGAAACAAAAGUUGUUUGUGUUUUACCUUUAUUGUCCACUUGAAUAACAUAAUAUUAAAUAUUGGAAGUACCGUAUGGAGGCUAUGGUGUACCUAGCGUGGAGGCUAGAUAACGCUACCCUUCCUAUCCAAUCAACAGCAAGAACGUUUAAAAUUUCACACCUAUCAUGUCGAAGCUACAGACCACUUAUGUGGAGGCCAGAUUUGUAGUAUCCUUCCAAUUUUCCAGGUGCUGAAAUACGUGACAUAUUUUUUGAAGGAUAAGAUCGCAUUCUACCAAAUCACACAACACUUUUUUCUAUGUUGGUUAUGUAUGUGUUAUUUUGGUUUUUAUAUUCGUCAAUUUGUAUAUUUUGUUGUAAUGUCGAAUUUUAAAGAGAAUUUGCAAAGACUCAUUACGGAAUGGAGAACAGAGGAAGAUAAAAUAAACAAAAGUUGUUGUGUUCCUGGUUGUACUGACCGUUGUAGCAGUCGAUUUCGUUUUCCAAAUCCAAAACACCAAAUCGAUUCUCUCUACCAAUGGUUGAAAGUUGUUAAGAAUGAAAGCUUAAACAGUCGUACACCAACUGCGGUCUACACAAAUUAUCGUGUGUGCGCUAGACAUUUUAAAGCAGAGGAAAUACGUACAAAAGGACCUAAUAAAGGAGUUGGAAGGAGAGGAAUCAAACGAGGGGUUAUUCCCAGUUUAUUUUUGCCAUCACCAGGUAAACCUGUUUCUCCAGUUAAUGAUAAUGAUGGUGGUGACGACGUUAUUGAUAAUGAUGGUGGUGAUGUCGUUAUUGAUAAUGAUUUUUAUCUGGAUGAAAAUGAUGUUGAUGAAGUUCCAUCUCAGGAUACGGGCCAGAACAUUCAAAAAGAAGCUGAAGGUGUUGAAAGGCAUCAUGUAGCCCAAAAAAGUGAAAUUAUAAAUGUCUCAAAAAUGACUACGGAAACUGUUUUGCUCUCUGAGAACAAAUCUUUACUGCAAAAGCGUCUGGAAGAGAGUAAAGUUUUACAAGUAGAAAAAGAACGUGAGAAACGCCAAUCCACAGAUCAAAUUAAAUGUGAUAAUACCACCAUUACACAGAAAAAUGAAGCAUCUAAUAAAGAAAACAUUUCAAAUCGUUUCAUUAUUACGAAAGAACAAUUGGAGCAAAAGUGUCGGACUUGCUUUGUUAGAAGUGGAACAAAUAAUGUAUGGAUUAAAUACCAUGAUGGAAUGAUAUUCCGAGAUAUAUUGAAAAAUUUUUCUUUAGUUGAGAUUCAUCGAUCGGAUGGUUUACCUCAAAGCAUUUGCUAUGUUUGCACAAACUAUAUUAUAAAUUUAUGCACGUUUAAAAUGAAUAUUGAUAGAUCCUUGAAAAAUCUUCAAGCAGCAUUUCGACAGUUAGAAAAUAUACCAGAAUCUCAACGUGAGGAGAUUGAUAAAUCCAAAGUACCUACACCGCCUAGUGCCCUUCGACAGUUAGAUGUAAACGUACCAGAAUCUCAAUGUGAGCAGAGUGCAUCCAGGAUAUCUACUGCGCCUAAUGUAUAUAAAGUCGUAGAAAACUUACAAGUACAAGUUUUUGAGAGUGACGAAGAGAACGACAGUCAGAAUGAUAUAACCCAACAAAUAAUUAUAGCACCAGAUCCAAAUAAAAGUGAUAGGGUAAAUCCACAAUAUGUUAACAAAUUAAUCAAACAAACCGAAACAAAUAUUGAAAAUACCAAAGAAAAUUCAAAUAAUAUACCCACAAACACUUGGAGGAGGAAAAGAAUAAGAGACAAUAAAGAGAGAGCCCUUAAAAGACUAGAAAAACAUCUUUCGAAAGUGCCCAGUGCGGAGGAUUAUAGAUGUCAUUAUAAAGUCAGAAGCCAGUUAAAAAAAUAUUUGAGAAGACGAAAACUCAUGAUACAAAAAUUAAAACCAACUACUACCAGUGUUCUUUUAGAUCAUGAUUAUAUCAAAAUUGUUGACCAGAAAGAUUUAAACACACACAAACACCGUAGGAAAAAAAGACUGAAUUUAAAUAGACGUAAAAAGUGUAGAAAAGAGAGAAUGAAUUUAAACAGACACAAAAAGUGUGGAGAAGAAAAACAGAAGGAAAUGCUUUGUCCGUGUUGUAUUAAAGGAGAAAACUUUAGAAGAAAUAAGUUUGUAAACCGUCAAAUAUGUUUCGAUAAAUAUUCUCAUUGUGAUAAAUACACAUGUACAUAUUGUCUCAGCAAAAAUUCGUUAUGGUUAAAAGAUAGGGCGCACAAUAGGAGCAAAAGUCGAAACAAACUUUAAAAUAUUUGUGCUUAAACAUUGUGAUAAAAUACUUAAGUGAAAAACAUUGUUUUUUAAUGGGGAUAUUAAAUCAGUUUUUAUUGAUUUACUAUUUUGAGUCCUCUCGGUGCCAUAUUAGGUCUCUCUAACAUUGACAAUUCGUUUACUGUUUUCAGCUAAUCAGAACAGUUGCUCGGCAGUUCGUAUUCCAGUCCAAUUGUGAAUGUUCUUGAGCCAUGACAUUUGCUUCCUACCAUUUCUUCUGUGAAAUUCGUAUAUACAAGGUGUCCCAAAAGUAGUGGAACUGUCGAAUAUUUCGCGAACUAAACAUCGCAUCGAAAAACUGAAAAAUAUGUGUUCAAUCAUUUUCAAAAAUCUAUCCAAUGACACCAAACACCAACCCCCACUACACCCCCUGGAGGUGGGGUGGGGGGUAACUUUAAAAUCUCAAAUGGAAACCCCUCAGUUUUUCUUGCAGAUUUUAAUUCGUUACGUAAAAGUAAGCAACUUUUAUUCAAGACAUUUUUUCGAACCGUGGAUAGAUGGCGCUAUAAUUGGGAAAAACGAUUUAUCCUGAUACCAUAGGUAAAUUAUAGAAACGGUCUAAUAUCUCACGAAAUAUACUUCCAAAUGAGAAACUAAAAAACAGAUUUUUAAUCUUUUUCGAAAACCUUUUGAAUAACACCAAACGUGACCCUCCAACCCACCCCCUGGAGGUGGGGUGGGGAGUAACUUUAAAAUCCACCAAAUAGCAACCCCCACUUUUUAUUACAGAUUUGGAUCUGUCGCGAAAAACUAAGCAAAAUUUAUUGGAAACAUUUUUUAGAAUUGUUAAUAGAUGGCGCUUUAAUUGGAAAAAUACGAUUUAUUAGCGCCAUCUAUCAGAAGUUUUAAAAAAUGUUUCAAAUAAUUGUUGCUUAAUUUUUUAUGACGAAUCCGAAUCUGCAAUAAAAAGUGGGGGUUGUUUCUAUUUAAGAUUUUAAAGUUACUCCCCACCCCACCUCCAGGGGGUUGGUUGGAGGGUCAUGUUUGGUGUUAUUCGAUAGGUUUUCGAAAAAGAUUAAAAAUCUGUUUUUUGGUUUCUCAUUUGGAAGUGUAUUUCGUGAGAUAUUAGACCGUUUCUAUAAUUUACCGAUGGUAUCAGGAUAAAUCGUUUUUCCUAAUUAUAGCGCCAUCUAUCGACAGUUCGAAAAAAUGUUUUGAAUAAAACUUACCUACUUUUACGUAACGAAUCCAAAUUUGCAAGAAAAACUGAGGGUUUCCAUUUGAGAUUUUAAAGUUACCCCCACCCCACCUCCAGGGGAUGUAGUGGAGAUUAGUGUUUGGUGUCAUUGGAUAGAUUUUUGAAAAUGAUUGAACACAUAUUUUUCAGUUUUUCAAUCCGAUGUUUAGUUUGCGAAAUAUUUGACAGUUCCGCUACUUUUGGGACACCCUAUAUGAAAUUCGGUCUUAUCCGGUACAUAUGUUUGACUUUAUUAAUUUUUGGCGAAAGAGUUUUUUUAAGGUACUAGUACACUUUAGAAGACCAAAAAUAUUCGUUUUUUUUUUAAGAAUUUUUUUUUAGACACUAUUAAAAAUGAACAUAAACCUUUUUACAUAUUAAUAUCUAACUCUUAGAGAAUACAAAAACUGUAUUUUUCAUUUAUGCACUAAUAUUGUAGAGGGCGCAAAGGCGAGGCCUCGAAAAAUGAUGGCGGACAAUUAAUCUCAGGAUUGGGAUAUCAGAAACAAAAAAAUCGUACUGCAUUUGAAAAAGGAAGGUUUCUUACGUGACAAUUUACCACAAUCUGACCAAAAAAUAAAAAAUAUAUAUUUUUUAACCAUGAAAAACUGAAGAAAAACGGGCGAUCUUUUCACAAAAUUUUUUCAAAUUUCGGUAAAAUCUUUUUUUUUGCGGAAUUUUUCACUAACGGUGGUAAAUUGUCACGUAAGAAACCUUCCCUUUUCUAAUGCCGUACGAUUUUUUAGUGUCAGAGAUCCCAAUCCUGAGAUUAUAUCUGUCUGCCAUCGGAACUACUUUUCUUCGAGGCCUCGACUUUGGCGCCCUCUACAAUAUUAGUAUAUGUGCAUAAAUAAAAAAAUAAUAAGUGUGUACUUUGUACGCACGUAAGAAGUUAUACUUCUAUUAUAUGAUUUCAACGAAAUAAAUAUACUUUCAACAGGUUAUUUGUAUUUUAUUUAAAGAUUAAACUAAUUUUUACUUACUACUUUCCAAAAAUUUUUAUUAAAACAAUACCAAAAUAAAAAAAAAAUAGAAAACACGGAUUUGUACCGGGGACCUCUCGAUCUCCGGUCACACGCUCUACCACUGAGCUAUACUUACUAUUAUUAUAAAACAUCUUAUUCCCGAGGAAGACAAAUCCAAAGACAAAAAUUAUAAUAAAUAUAUUUACUAAAAACACUAAUAAUAUAUUCUUUUCACGCACCUUAUUUGCGCUACAUAAAGAUGUAGCGACUAAUACCAUACUGUCGGUGUGCGCAUGCGCCAGGGAAUUCACCCUCGUGCAUAAAGAAGUAUAACUUCAAAAAAUACAUAGUUUUUGUAUUCUAUAAGAGUUAGAUAUUAAUAUGUAAAAAUGUUUAUGUUGAUUUUUAAUAAAGGGUCUGACAAAAAAAAAUCUUGAAAAAAUGCUUAUUUUUGGUCUUCUAAAGUACCUUAAUUUAAAGACCUUCUUGUGUGUUAUAUCUCCACAUACCUUUUGCUCCUUUACAUCUUCUUUUUGAACUGGUACAGAAUUAACUUGUGUCCCAGCUGAAAUAUCUAGAAUUGAAGGUUGAUUUUCUAUUUGAUAUUUGAGAACAGAUUCAAAGUAAAAGCUUUUACAACAUUUGGUACAUUUGAAAUUCGGUCGUAUCUGGCCUACAUAAUGUGUGGUCGAUGUACCAUUUUAACGUGUUUCUUAAUGUCACUUAGUUUGAGUGUGUGUUUUAUUACAAUUCACACAAAAACUUCUUCCCAAUAUCUUUUGACGUGUGUGGCCAUAUUUUUGACUAUCAUUUUUUGGCGAGAGUUUUUUUAAUUUGGAGUCCUUCGUGCGGUAUAUCUCCACAUACAUUUUGCUCCCUUAGUUCAUCUUUUUGCAUCUUCUUUUUGAGCUGGUAUAAAAUUAACUUGUAUCCCUUCUGAAAUGUCUAUAAUUGAAGGUGGAUUUUCUAUUAAAACUAAUGAAUUAUCUGAUGUGGUGCUUUCAGGAAUAUUGUUAUCUCUGUUCUGCUCCAGUUAAAUCCAAGUUACAAAUAUGUUACUUCACCAAUUUUUGGUCGAAAAGUUUUUUGUUUUUAAAUUAAAUUAAAUAUUGUUCGUCCGCUAUAACUUUUCCCAUGCGGUACGAUCCAUUUUCAAACAAAUUAAGCCAAAACAAAAAGUGAAACGUACGCGGAUGUGUGUAGUAUAUAGUAUACAUUAUACAAAAUGUAUAUACACAUUGACGUUUGUUUUCACUUUAUAUUUUUACUUAGUUUGUUUGAAAAUGAAUCGUGACGCAUGGGAAAAGUUAUAGCGGACGAACAAUAUAUAUGAUAUUGUUCAUUCCACCACUGCAAAAGGAUCAAAUAAAUAAAUAUUUAUUAUAAAGAUAAAACAAAUUCAGUUUUUUAUCAUUUAUAAUUUGCAUUUUUCUUAAAAUUUGGUAAAUAAAAUUAUUUCUUGUUUA